CCCCGCGUACCCAGAGUCCCAGACAUCCACACUUGUUCACUCAGCCCGUACAAUGCCAAGCAAGACCUGGUUCCUCCCUCCCGACUUCACCUUCCUCCCAGACGGGCAAAUCGCCCUGGGCAAUGUCAUCGCCGACCCGCGGCGGCCGACCGCAACGCUCGCCUCGCUAGCCGCUCACCCGACCAUCCCGCUGCCCUCGGCCCAGUCCAUCAUCGAGAAGAACCGCAGCUUCACGACCGAGAAGAACCGGUCCUUCGGGCUCAGGCUCCUCGCAUCGCUCCUCGACCUGGCCGGCGCCCACGGCCAGACGGACCUGUCGCGGUACAAGAGCCGGACGUUCGGCGCGGCGGACCACGAGGUGCGCGCGUUCAACGGGCCCAUCUCCCGCGAGGCGCUGGAGGCGAUCGUCGCCCUCGACGGCGUGAGGCAGCACAUCCGCAGCGGCCGGUUCGGCCCGCGGCCCGUGUACCUCAUCACGGGCCUGCGCGUGGCGCGGCAGAGCUUCACCGUCGCGGACGAGAAGGGGAGGAAGACGGCGGUCGCGGUCGGGGGCUCGGGCCCCGUGCCCGCUGGUCCUGUGCCUUUGGGGCUGGGGGCCGAUGUCUCGGGGAGUAGGGAGCACCGGAGGGUGGACGUGUACGAGACGGCGCCGGGGAUUGUGUUUGCGUACCGGCUGCAUGUGAUUCGGCCGAAACGGGCGGGUGCGGAGGCGGAGCUAUUUUCCGACAGGACGGCCUUCUUCAGCGGCGGGCCUGAAGAUGACGAGGAGGAGGAGGGGAUGGAGGCCGUCGAGGUGAAUGCGGCGGUGCUUCGGGAGGACCUGGACCUGGACCUAGACGGUUAUGAGGAAAGGUGGAUCGAGGAGGGGGAUGACGAAUCUUAUGUUGUGUUCGGACCUGAAGACAGUUUGGCAGCCCCGGCAUCCCGUCUUUGAACAAAGCGAAGCAAAUUAGCAUCGGUCAGGUCCCAUUGAUGGUGUCUGAGCUCUAAAUGCACUAGCGGAAAAGCUUCUUUAGCACUUCGGCGUCCAACACGAGACAAAGCCUUUGUCCGAUGACUC